UUCACAAUUCGCUGCAAAAUCGACAGCACCGAUAUCUGUAAUAGUACUGACGUACGCACGAUCAAUGGCUCUAGUUAUGUUUGCGUCGAUCCCACUAUUUGGAGCCGAAUGCAUAUCAAAACAAGGGAGAUGUCGAACAAGGUGAAGUUUGUUGACGAAGUCACUCAAAUCCUUGCCGAAGUACACUGUAAGUGUGGACAAACGAUUGGCACGGUCAUGAAAUAUGCGGGAACCUAUCUACCAACACUCAAUAUUGGGAAUCUGAUGUUCUCAGAACGAAUCGAAGGUCAAGACGCUGCACCAGAAGCCAUCACCAACUGGGCAAAAGCCAACGAUCGGUUCUGGAUUCCAGAAGCAACAGAACAGGAGUUGCGUCAAAUGCUGGUGUCCCUGAAUGCAGAGAACAAUGAUGGCAAAAUCGAACUCGAUGUGAUGUGCGAUAAAAUAAUCGCAGUUCAAGAGAAAAUGCUAGAAAAGGAACGCAAGAGAAAGGAAGAAAUGCGGCGAAUCAAAACUGCAUGGGAUUUG